AAACGGCCGCAGCCGCAGCCGCCUCGGAGCUCUGAGGAGCUGGAGGAUCUGCACAAGCUGCUGCACUUCCCCGAGGAGGUGGCGCUCAGGUUGACGGAAAGCGAGUACCAGCUAUUUUAUCAGGUACCACCGUACGAGUACCUAAGGCACGUGGCGCAGGAUCAGACCACGUUGCAGAAAUCACCUGCCAGGCCACCCCCGUCGUCGAGUCGCAGCUGCAGCAAUCCCAGCACCACCAAUAGCUCGACCCAAACCGAGGACGAAUCCUCCUGGCCUGUACCCACGGUGUAUUCCACCGUGCAGACUCUCAUCGAUCGUUUUAACGAGGUAAGCUCAUGGGUCACCCACGCGAUCACCAGCGGUGGCACAGUAAAAGAACAACUUGCGGUGCUGUCCUGCCUUCUGCGCGUCGCGCUAACCUGUUGGAACACUGGAAACUUUAAUUCAGCUAUGGAGAUAAUAGCCGGUCUGAAAUCCAACAAGCUGAAGAUGUUCUGGCACAGCGUGAACGACUGCACUCCACCGGUUAUGGGCUAUCUUUCCGACGCUCUCCUGUCCUGCGAAUACGAACGUGCGCUUGGACGCGCCCUCGCGAUGCCGGAGUGUCCGGUUGUCCCGUUUUUCGGAGCCUUUCUGCGCGAGCUGCGAGAAGUUAUCGCACGCGAAACGAAGCCCCAUCCCGAGAAGGAAUAUCGCGAAUCGCCACGUGGUAGUAUUAAAGAGAGCGAACCUCAAGAACACGUGCCUUUGUCUGCGCCGGCCGCUAGGAUCGCCGUCGAGAGUAACACAGAGACGCCGUCGGGAUGGAGUUCCAGAAGCGGCUCUUUGAACAAAUCGGAAAACCCCGUUAUACACGAUACGAAUUCCGUUCUCGACAAAGUCGCUCUCUUUCACAAGCAUCGGCAUGCCCGUGGCCGAGACGCGACUACCGGUUCCCUUCAUCACACCUUGAGCGUUCACACGACCACGAUCGAACAAACCUACAUGGCGGAGGAAUGCGACGAAAACGACUACCAUCUCGAUUUGGACUCUUACAAACCCGUACAGCCGAUCAAGAUCGAUCACGGGGUCUCCUUGUUUCCUGUUGCCGCGCCGCACACCGGCAUGGAUCUUCACAUCUUGCAGGUGCUGCAUCAUGGCACGACUUUGGUGCAUUGGGACUACGACGGUGGUACUUCGAGAACGGCGUUGGUGUUCGCGCGCGUCGAUCGCGCGUGUGGCACCUUGGUCUGGGAGAAGCCACCCUGGAGUCCGCUGAAGACGGCACAAGUUGGCGGUACCGCGCUCACAGACUUUUCGCUGUCCGCGAAUCCGGAGGACACGGUGCCAGCGGGCCUAUUCACCAGAUACACGCAACCGCAGGCUGAUUGCGCUUUCGUCACCUUGGAAGAGGGAUACUUGGAUCUGGGAUCGGUGAAGGAGAUAAUGAUCGGUUGCUGCGACCGCGACCGGGAGGCUGAUCUGAGGAGCAUCUGCAAGAGAUACGGCCUACCUGGCUCCGAUUCCUGUAUCGGCCUCAUGUAUGGAUCCAAUCUUCCGGACAAUCGACUGAUCUUCCUACUUUGCCCUCCCGCCCUUAGCAAAAUAUGGUACAUGGGACUGUGCUGGAUACUGCGUGGCCUCAAACGACAACAGCAACUGACAGAUCGCAGAUCGCGAUGGCUGAAGGAAAAGUAUCUUCAGUUGUAUUUUUCUUAUUUGGAACAAGCGAUAGAGGGUUUGGAGCAUCCAACGACUGCCGACGCAAUACGCGUUUUCGGGGGUCGCGAUUGGUCCAUGACGGAGAGCAUCGGCACGUUAUCUCCAACGAGCAGUAGCACUCUACGCAGGCGAAAUGUCAAAGGGAAAAAGACCAAGUCGAUCACCAACAUUCACGCUUUAACUAAGGAUUUAAGUCUAAAACAAUACGAAUCUUCAUCAUCGGAUGGAGGCCUAUGCAGCACACCUCUUCGUCAUAUCACGGGAAGUAGAGAAUCUCUAACGAGGAUCCUACCCGCAUCGCCGAAAGCGAAUCGAGACCGAAUUCCACCGCGUAGCCCGCUCGGCUCGGCUGAUCAUAUCGUCACCUCCAACUUGCCUUACUCCGCUUUUCAGAGUUUGUUGUGUGUUGCAAGAGAGAAGGAGAAAGCCGAAUCCGGAUACCUGGUAAGUGGCAUACCCGGUAUACCCGGCGGCUCGGAGACUCCUUGGCAAGUAAAGGCGCGCACCACAUCGAUCAUGUACGAGACGCAAUUGAACUUCGUGGAGUUCGUCGCGCUUUUCCGAUCGUUCAGCUUACGGGCUAGAAAAGAUUUGAGGGAUUUGUUCGGCCAAUUAGCAAUCACAUGUCGCAGCCAGAGUGACGGAUCGUUGAGAGACUUCAACAUUCGACCGAUAGUGCUCAGACAGACCAGCGAUGCCACCCCGCAAAGAAUCGGCUUGUUGACGAGAAACAACUCUAUCGACUGUCACGAGUACAAGACGAGCAGCAAUCUGCAAAGGAAGCAGAUCUUCGACGCUGUCGCGGCGGCUAGCAUAAUCAAUAAUUGCUCCGGCGUGGACACGUCAAAGUCCCAAGUGAUCACUCUGGCGACGUUCACGAAAUUUCUCGAGUCUCGGCAGCAGGAAAAAUUGAGCGACGAGGAAAUCAAGGCGUUGAUUAAGAGGCACGAACCGGACCCGGCACUUCGCACACAGUGGUGUUUGUCUUUCGAGGGUUUUGCGCGAUAUAUGAUGGACAAGGACAAUUAUGCCUUCCCGAACGAGUACGCGACACCAUCCGAAACCGAAAUGCAGCAGUCUCUGUCGCAAUAUUACAUUGCCAGUUCCCACAACACUUAUUUGACCGGGCAUCAGCUCAAAGGAGAAUCCUCCGUGCAAUUGUACUCACAGGUGCUUUUAACCGGAUGUCGCUGCGUAGAGCUUGAUUGUUGGGACGGUGACGAUGGAUCGCCGCUGAUUUACCACGGCCACACAUUCACCACCAAAAUACCAUUUCGAUCGGUUGUGGAAGCAAUCGAUCGAAGCGCCUUUGUUAGUUCGCCGUAUCCCGUGAUUCUGUCGAUCGAGAAUCAUUGCUCGCCCACUCAGCAAGCUCGUAUGGCUCAAAUAUUUCAGUCCGUAUUCGGCGAGAAACUGGUGACAAAAUUUCUCUUCGAGUCCGACUUCGGUGACGAUCCGCAAUUGCCUUCGCCGUCGCAGUUACGCUAUCGAAUUCUGAUAAAAAACAAGAAACUAGUGGUCGAUCCCACCGGUCCCUUGUCUCAUACGCCUCUCAGUCAUCGCGGGAAGAUGCUCAUGUCGGAUCGCGCGUCGUCUAUGAAACAAAUGCGCACAGACGUGAGCAGCACGUCGGUUGUCGAGUAUUUUAGCGAGGAUGAGGACGACGAAGAGGACGACGAUGAGGACGAGAAUAUCGAUGACAACUCGCUCUCGAGCUACGAAAAAUAUCUAGGAGGCAGCCAAGUGCCGCAAAGCCGUUUGAAGUCGGAUCAGGGAGUGGACGACAAGUCGCAAAAACAGAGCAGUCAAAUAGCCAAGGAGCUGUCCGAUUUGGUGAUUUAUCUGCAGGCGAUCAAAUUUCGCGGACUGAACACGACGCCCGGGACAGCGGUGCCCGGCAAAACACGUCAUCAACCGCAUACCGGGCCGGUUCAGAGACACAGCAUCGCCGGCAUCGGACCCAGCAGUAUAGCUUCCUCAUCGGGAUCGCCGCAAUCGUUAUCAACCUCGGCCUCGCUCGCGAGCGGCGGCAGCAACAUCGAUAACAUCUUCAGGUCUACUCGCGGGAUGCCGGCCUGUUUCCAAUGUUCAUCUCUGAACGAGAGCGCGGCGAAGAAGAUCUGUCGGAAGCAACCCUUGGGCGUGCUCGCCCACGCGGAGACUCAACUCAUACGAACGUAUCCCGCGGGAAUGCGCAUCGAUUCCACGAAUUUCAAUCCCGUGAUAUUUUGGGCCUUCGGGAUUCAAAUGGUUGCGUUGAACUAUCAGACCGACGAUGCGGGAUUAACUCUGAACGCGGCCAUGUUCGAGCAAACCGGUCAGUGCGGAUACGUCAGAAAACCAUCGGUGAUGUGGGACAAGGGGCACAUGAUGUACAGGCGGUUCAAUCCGUGGGACAAAGAAUUCGACGGGCUGCACUCCGCGCAUUUGAGCUUGUCGCUGGUCUCGGGACAGUACGUCUCGCUUACGAACUUCGGCACCAGCACGUACGUCGAGGUCGAGUUGAUCGGUAUACCGAUCGAUUGCGCAAAACACAAAACAAAAGUGAUCCAAAACAACGCGUUGAAUCCGAUCUGGAACGAAAAGUUCUGCUUCCAAGUUAUGUUCAAAGAUCUCGCGUUCUUGCGUUUUGGUGUCGUCGAGGCGAGCUCUCACCAUCUGAUUGCGCAACGCGUGAUACCUCUGAAGUGUCUUCGACCUGGUUACCGACACGUGCGAUUACGAUCAUGCAAGAACAAGCCACUGGCACUGUCCACGCUUUUUAUUUAUUCCCGAUUGGAGGAGGAGAGUUUGGACUACAACACCUGCUGUCGCGAUCACAAGGAGUCGUCUAAGCGUCUGUCAUCAGGCAAGGAACCAGAAAAGCUGACCACCGUUGAUUCUGGACUAGGCGGUGUCACGUUGAAGAGACGAAUGUUCUUCUUGGCGGUCUACCACGUAAUACCGGACGAGCCUUACACUAUUCUGAAGGUGACCCAGGAGAGCAACACGCAAGAGGUAAUGCUGCAGGCAUUGCAGAAGGCUGGAAUAUCAGCCGAUCACGUGGACGAGUACAUACUAGUGGAAGAAGUGUUUCGCGGGUGGGAGAAGAAAGACAGAGAAGAAUUGCCGACGCAACGCGUGCUGGAUCCCACGGAACAUCCUCUUCAGGCGCAAGCUCAGUGGAAAGGUCAGGGUCGCUUCCUUCUGAAGCGCGUGGGCGACGAUCCGAGCAGUAGAGCGUGGCUCGCCUCCAUCAGAAGCACAGCCGGCCAUUCCAAGUUCAACGAGUCCAAUUCGAGGGACCAACCCACUCAUAUAUGGGACGAGGCCGACACCUUUCUGGUCUGCAUCUACAACGUCUCACCGGAAAUUCCGUACGCGAUUCUGCGCGUGCCGGUAAGCAGUUCGGCGCAGGACGUGUUAGCGCAAGCUCUGAUAAAGGCCAGAAGAAUGGAAAAUCCGAACAAGUUCGCCCUGGUCGAGGAGCUGGAGUGGGGCGGUGCGGGUGCCGUCGGAAGCGGAAAUCGUCAACUGAGGGUGUUGAGCGACGAAGAGAACGUUUACAGCACUCAGGCGUUUUGGAAGACCCUCGGCAGAUUCAUUCUCAGAGAAAGGGAACAAGCCAUUCCGAGGAGGCAUCUUCUGCCCGCGACUCUCGACAGACUCAGCAAAGGAUUCUCCGUAGGCAGAUCGGUAUCCCUGCCGGGAUCUAGUAAAGACAAAGUGCCUGUAUCGGAAGCACUGUCGGAUCCCACAUCCAGAAGUCUGAGACAUCGGCUAAUGAUAACAGGCCGUAGACGAGAGGUUCACUCUGACGGCGAGGACACGCGCGAGUCCGACGCGCUGAGCAUCGCUCUACAGCUGAAGAAGAUCUCGUUGAGAAAAUUAAGAGGUUGGAAGUCAUAGUGGCAAUCAAGGGCGACGUCGAUAUCAUCGAUCUUCGCCGCUCGGAGGAGUCAGCUAUAAAAAGCUCGCAUUUACCUUAUCAUUGUAAUCCGAAUCUGAUUUUGCCAAACGAUUUUAUAUCCCGAUUCCGUGUUGAGCGAACGGAGCAACUCGAUAUAAAAAGAAGCUUCGUAAAAAAAAAUUUAACUUCUGAAUAUAUAUCUUCGCCGAUGCAAAUGUCAUGACGCGCGCGAAGAAGUUUACAAUCAAGCAUCCAAGUCUUUUCAAACGGAAUAAUCGCGACGCGAUUACAGAACACGAACAAUCAGAGACUAGGAUAAAAUAAUAUAUCGCGGUGUUACAACAGCGUGUUUUUCUAUAUUUAAUCAAUUUUGGCGACACGUUAUAACAGGAAUAUACUAUCUCUGAAAUAUAAGCAAAUAUAAACGGUGGUUUCUCUAGAAGAUAAAUUGAUAUUUCCGAAAAAAAAUAAUAAUAACUAAUUAAUCUCAAAGAAUACUCGCGAUUAGGUUGCGCUCGAUUGUAUAUCCAUGAUAUUUGAGAAAAUAUAUGUCAGAUUAAUGAUGUUAUCAUUGCUAUAUAUACAUAUAUAUAUAUAUAUAUGUAUAUGUAUAUAUAUUAUUACAUCGGCAACACAGCCAGUAAUAUCGAUUGCUGAAAAAUCACAUUAAGUGGCAAAGUGAAACUUAAAUUCUUGAAUUCCGUUAAGUUCUCGCUAAAGAACGGACGUAGAGAGAGGCCAAGAACAUCGUAAGCACGGGAGUUAAUUUCGUUGAGUAGCACAGUGACAAAAAAAAAAAAAACAAGAAAAACAAAAACCCACGUAUCAGAUGUGCAGGUCGAUGUGCGACUGCCGUCGGCGCGCUGGCGCGUCGGUAUAAAGUUUGUAAUCACACACAUAAUGUACACACGUUGCGCCUGAUUUUUAUUAUUUUUGUACAACGAAAUACAAAGGGAAGAGUCGCGGGAGAAUCGGCCACGGCCGCGAUCUUGCGAUUCGUUUUUUCAUGAGAGCGCGAUAUUCCUCACUACCACUUCUAAAUAUAUAUUAUGCCAAACGCCGUACAAUUCUAAGUACUUUAGAUUAUAUAUAUACAUACAUAUAUAUAUAUAUCUCAAGACACACCCACCACACAUAUUUAGAUACCUAUAUUAUAUUGAGAGUGCUUCCCGCUUGAACAUAUAUUUAUUCCGUUCGAAACAUAUCGGACCCGCCUGUACGAUCAAUUGAUACAUCAUCGUAUAUACAUAUUAUAUCUCUCAGAAAAGGAAGUCGAAGAUAAUUUUACUCUGACUUCUUUCACAUCAUUUGUAAGUGUUGUCUUUUAUCAUUUUACGUCGUACCUGAAAAAAAAAGUUUUACAUUGAUACCGACUUACGCUUUUCACGUGAGAGAGCACAACUCCUCUCUUUCUCUCUCUCUCUCUCUCUCUCUCUCUCUGUAAUAAAGUUUAUAAUAUAUCGCUGUUAUAUCUCUCUCGCUUUGUUUGUUCGCUCUAAUUAUUAACACACUAAAGGCUGACCCGCCUAAGAGAAAUUAGAUGAAUUAUGAUGAUUAUUAUUAAUAGAAAACAAUCGACCGAUAGUGUGUUAACGUUGACAACCACUUGUUUUUUGCGUCUUGUCAACUGUACGUGAUAAAAAAAAAAGAAGAAAAAAGUAUUCGAAUAGUCGAAAAUGUCACGCUGGCUAUUUGGGAAUUGUGUACUUAAAAUAUAUAGUGUACACUAUUUGCUACAUAAUACAGUAUUCCACGGAUGGGAGCCCGUUGAGACCGGGGCAAUUGACCGGAUGAGAGCCAGAUUGUUUACUUUUCCGAUGAAUAAUGGACCGUAACGUUUGCUCGCACAAUGAAUAGAAGGAGAAUAGACUUAAGAGCGAGCUAGACAAAAUUAUUGGCGAAACCAAUUAGUCUCGGGGGACCGCCAUAAAAAAUGUGACAAAUUUACAAAUAACUUACUUCUUCUCCAACAGAGAUGGGAAUAAAAAAAAAAAGCUACACUGUCCGAGAAGUACUGUAUAUUGUUACAAUGCUAGAGGGUAGAUCGAUAUUGCAUUCUCGAUUACCGUCCCUCUCUCCUAGCUGUUUUAGUGAAAGUGAUAUACGUAGCUAGUGUAUUGUAAAUAUACACACACACACACACACACACACACACACAUAGAUAUAUAUAUACAUGAUGAUAAAUUCGAGACCAAGGAGUGUCGAUGGAAAACGAAAAUUCUCGCGCCGCGCGCGGGCACGUUUCACGAGUGUGUGUUAUCGCUCAAUUAUUUUUUCACGCGAUGAAAAAAAAUUCAUCAUCCGCGCGUCGACGAACAUCGCGUCGUACGCUUCACAAGUUGGCAGCCUAAUUUUUAUUAUAUCGAAAAACAAUUUCUCUCGUUGCUAAUCGAUUGAUCAAUUAACGCGAGGAACAAUACGAGAUCCGACGUUACACGAACAUUCCCCGUCCCCCCUCCCCCCAGUGACGUCGCGAAUAGCCUUGCUCCGUCUUCCAUGAGUCAAUUGUUUCAGAUAUUUUACAUAUUUUCGAAACGCUCCCGCAGACUGAUGUUUUUUAUGCAAAACUUGUACAAUCAAUCACACGCCGCGCGAGACUUUUAAAGCCGUAAGGAAAACGAUGUAUGUACUUUGUCAUAUCUUCCCUCCCUCUCUCCCCCCGAUUUUACGCUUCUCGACGUCACUGGAAAAACUCCAGUAUAUAUUUUUGGAUACUACUUCCUUCCCUUUUCCUUAGUGUUUACCUCCGAUCUCUCCGCGUAAAUCAAUGAGAGCGACCAAAUAGGCAAAACAGGGAUAAACAGAUUAAAAAACCCUAGAGAGAGACAAACGCAAAGGCCAAUUAUAUUUAUGCCUGCUCGAUUCGGUGGGCAAAAACUGAAAAAAGAAAAAAAACAGUUCGAUAAAAUAAUUCUUCUAGGGAACAUAAAGUACAAUACACGAUGUAUAUCUGAAGCGAGAUCUGUGACGAAAUUGAUUUUCACUUUUUGUGUUGCCUCUCUUCUCUCUUUCUCUAAUUUUGAAAAUAGCGUUCGUACGUACUAGAGAUCUUUCGUUUGUUGUACAUCUGAUGUUAAAAAUUUUUAAUUUUCUCGAAAAACGUCAAUAUUAAAAAAAAAAAACAAAUUAACUUAAAUUUUUGAGGAACGGUAAAAAAUUCAAUUUUAACUACCUUUAUAUAAAUAUAUAAGCGAUUGCGUAUCGAAGUGUACCAGAUAAAUGACCUCACCGAAGAAGUAACACUUGCAAAUUGCUACAAUACAGCAACAACUUAGCGAGUACAAGAAGCAUCAACAAUAUACUCUCAUCAACGUGUACUUUAUAUUGAUAGCAAAUAAAAAUGAAAAAACAAAAAAAAAAAAACGUGUGACCCGAUACGUUGCGGCUAAGCAUUUACUUGCACGUAGCGGUAAUAACGUCUCUUUAGAAAAUGUUAUGUACAUAGCAGUAACGAACAAUGGCUACUAAUAACGGUAUAUAAUUAAUUUUUCUAACGAAUAUUCGACGCUCCUUGGACCUCCGGCUAAACCCCUGCAUUGAGUAAAUUUAUCAAAAAAAAAGGCAGUAUCUAUAUAUAUCGAAUCUAUAUAUCGAAUGUUGUCUUGUUAUACGUCAAAUAUUUGUUGUUGCGCGCGCGCGCGCGCGCACAGUGUUGCAACGUAAUUGCCAAACUCGUCUCUGAAAGGAUGGACGCCGUCAUGAUAAAUCACCCACUCUUCCAAUAUAUCACUCUAUAUCAUCUCUCUUGUAUUUGUUUCAAUAAUUUAGUCCCAGACCUAACCCGACACACACGUUACUCGCAUCAACAAAUUGCGCUUUGUGUUCUUGUUCCAUGUAUAAAGUGCCAAAACGUAAGAAAUAUUAUUGCGAUGUAACUACUAAAAAAGUAAAAGUAAAAAAAAAAGUAAAAAUAUAAAAUAAGAUUUGUCAUCUGUAUAUUUAUUAUCUUUCAUCUAAUUUCAUCUCUGUGUCUCAUUUGAUCGUUUAAUUAUUUAUUAUUACAUUAAUAAGAUUUCUACAUGUGUCGCUGCAUGAGAUAAUAAAAAAAAUUGGUCAAAUAUAUGAAAGAAACAACGCAAAGAGAAACCAAUAUAAGACAAAGAGAAUUUUACGGAUGUAUAGGAUGAGACGCGAUGUUGUAACACAUGUCAUCUUGUCGCGACGUUCGACGGCGUCCAUCCUCGACGAGAUCAAUCUCUUGUUUGCCAUUCCUUUCGUCCUUUCGACUCCGCAAACGAGACGAGCUCGUUGGACGCGCUUAAAAAUGGCUGUAGGUAUAUAAGGCGUGAAAUUACUUAAAUAUUUUUGGGACCACUCUGAUUUUAAUAGAAGAGCUCGUAGAAGUCGAUUCUAAGGUAAACAAAGCAGUAUUCGGAUUUCCUUGUUUCUUCGUCGAUCGAGAACACAAUCCACAAAGGGCGAAGAAAGGAAGAGAAAAAAAAAUAAAAAUAAAAAAGCACAAUAUGAUGAACAACGGACAAGACAAACAAGACUAAUAUACAUCCUUCGAGGAUAUUCGAACGAGCUAAUUGACUACUAUCGCGUCGCAUAUCCCUAAUUGUACAUAUCCGUAAUUUUCUUCGUUAGCUGUUAUAUUUUAAUGUAAAACUCGCGUAAUAUGUAAUAAAUAAUUAUAUCCGUACACCUACACACACACACACACACAAUAAAUAUUCUAUUACUCUCGGCGGCUUAUCAGGCCAUGUGCUGCAUGUUUAUGCAGCGUUGGUUGCGGAAUAAGAAAAAAAUAGAAUUAACUUGAAUUAAUGCAAGUGACACAUGUCCGAUCGCAGGCUGGCCUGUCACCGGCGCUAUUAUUUCGAUUAAGGAUCGAUCUAAGUGCAAAUGUGUCUCUCUUUUUUUCAUGUGAAUGUAUAAAUUCUAUCACACACACACACACACACACACUUACCUUGUAGACAGUUGUUGUCCUCGCAGUUUUCACCAAGCAGCUUUUCUCGAUGAACGAAGCGAAGUAGAAUGUACGGUAAGUUAGGCAAAUAUGGGCGCUGGAAUAACGUAGGCACUUUCCGUUGUCUCGGGAAUACAUGCGUGAUUCUUGCGAGCUGUAGAGACUGUGCGGGAAGAGAUUGUCAAAUGAUGAUCUAGAAAAAAAUCCAGAAAUCUGGUAUAAGAAUGACGAACUGCAACCGAAAAAUGAGUUUCUCAUAUUUUAUUUUAUUUAUAUAUAAAAAAAUAAAAAAUCAAAAACCCCCGCAUUUGUGUUGUCACCCAAUGAACGCAAUGAGAGUGAAACAAUGUACUUUUCUGUGUUGUGACAAAAUAAUUCAAUAUAUAUUCAAUAAAUAUUUUUCUUAAUUUGUUUUGUUUCGAAUGAACCAGAGUUGUGUUGUCCGUAUUAUUGGCGCAAUGGUGGCUCAGAUAUAUCAUUUGAAAAAUAUGCAUUAGAGACAAAUUAAGUAUAGACGCGCACACUUGUGCAGUAAGUAUAAAAAAAUGAGAGCAAUACGGUAGAAAAAAAAAUACUACAGUUCAAAACAGUAACGAAUAUCUGAUUUUUAUAAUGUUACAUAUCUAUAUUUAAAAAAUUUAGUAAAAGAUCUCAUAUU